UUAAGUCUGAAGUAAAAAGCAGACAUGUUGUUACCGGUCAUUACAGUUCUAGCGUUACUGGUGGUGACGUGGUUCAGGUGGCGACAGAAGAAGUUAUCUUUCUUUCAAGACCUUGGCAUCCCAGGACCAAAACCAAGCUUUUUCUUUGGAAACCUGAGAGAGUUUCAAACAAAAGGUGCUAUUAAGUGUCAAGAAGAAUGGAUAAAAAAAUAUGGAAAAAUUUGUGGAUUCUAUUAUGGACGUUUACCGAUCACUAUCGUAGCGGAUUUGGACCUCUUGAAACAAAUACAAAUUAAAGAUUUCCAAAAGUUUACGGGUAGACCGAUGUUCAUCCCUGGAGGUACGCAGCCAUCUACCGAGUUCAGCUCACAAUUGACUUUACAACGGGGAGAGCACUGGAAGGAAGUUCGCAGUCUCCUCACCCCAACAUUCAGUUCCAGUAAGAUGAGACAAAUGACACCAAUCAUGCAGAAAGCUAUUGGGAUCCUUAUGGAAAAAAUUGACGAAAAAGCCCAAACAGAAGAGGACUUCGAUAUAUACGAGAUGUACCAAGAAUUGACAACUGAUGUCAUUGGUCAAACCGCUUUUGGAAUCCAGACAAAUGUCCAGCAGAAUCCAGAAGAUCCCUUUCUAACCAAUUGCAGAGCUAUUUUCAACAUUCAGACUUCCGAGUUUCUCAUCUUUUUGUUAAUGUGCUUUCCUGAGCUUUACAACAUCCUUUAUCCAAUUCGAAAACUGGUGGAUGUCAUAUGGCAUCAAAUAUUCUCAACUCCAGGAAGAUCCUUAAUCGAAGGAGUUACGAAAGUGAUAGAAGAGAGACGAAAAAAUCCAGCGCUUCGAAGAGCUGAUCUUCUUCAGAUGAUGUUGGAUGCUCGAAUGGCAAGAGAAGACAUUCAAAAUGUGACUGCAAAACAGCUGACCGCUGGUGAAGACGAGCCAACAGAAGAUGUUUCUAAAGAUAAAAAAUACGGCAAGAAGCAGAUGAAGUUUGUCACAGAUACGGAAAUUAAAGCAAAUUCUAUCCUUUUCUUACUUGCCGGUUAUGAAACAACAAGUACAGCCCUCGGUUUCACAACCCAUAUACUGGUAAACCGACAAGAUGUCCAGGAAAGGAUUCGAGAAGAAAUAAACGAUGUCUUAGGGCAAGAUGGUGUCCUAGAUUACAACACAGUAAACGAACUUCGUUAUUUAGACCAAGUUUUCUCGGAAUCUCUGCGAGUGUACCCGCCAGUUAUCACGUUCAUUAACAGAGUUGCUGACGAGGAUUGCCAGCUUGGUGAUUUUAAAAUUCCCAAGGACACUGCUAUACAGGUCCCUGUUUGGCAACUCCAUCACGAUCCAGAGAUCUGGUCUGAGCCAUACGAGUUUAAGCCUGAGAGAUUUCUCCCCGAAAAUAAGAAGGAUAUCCACCCCAUGGCCUACCAACCAUUUGGAUCUGGACCACGAAACUGUAUUGGCAUGAGAAUGGCGCAGUUGGAGGCCAAACUAGCUUUGGCCAGAAUCUUACGCUCUUACAAACUAGUUCCUUCUGAGAAGACGGAAAUCGGAGAAAUCCAAUAUAACGUCAAGUUCUUAACCAUUGGUCCAGUACAUGGCAUUCACGUGAAAGUAGUUCCUGUCUAGUGGUGGCCUCUAGUGGAAUGAAAUAUUCAAAUAUAUAAGAAAUCUUGAAUUACUUACGUAAAUGUAUCAGUUGAGAUUAAACACAUUUAUAUUAUCAACUCUA